UAAUUUUGUGCUGUUUGAAGCGGAAAGGAGUGAAUAUCUCUGAAAAUAUGGAGAAUAUGCAUGAGGAAUUCUCCGCGAAGGAAAGAUUCAAGAUGUUGAUGACCAGACUGCAAGGUCUGAAGGAGAAGGAAGCCAAUAACAAUGAGAUCUGUGGCGUGGUGAUGGAAUUCCUGCGGGAUUUGCCGAAGUUCGAGAAGGAAAGCUUGGUGGAAACUGUGGAAUUCUGCGAGGAGUUGAUUCGCGAUCAGACAUCCAGCUUCACUGUCUGGAAAGAUCUCAUCCCGCCCACUGUAAGUCUCAUCAGCAAACUCCCUAAGAUCACUGUCAAUGAGAUUGCGAUGACUGGGCCUGAGUAUCGCUCGAAAAUUUUCCUGGGCUGGACGACGCUGAGGUGGCCGAAGGGGGUUGUUAUAUCGCUGGCUGAGAUGUUCCGGGACAUGGCGAUGACCAAGGAGGAGCGCGAGACGGUGAUGAAGAAGUUGUGCGACGCCCUGCCUGCGAUCACGCCAUCGGAAAUCCCGUCCAUGGCGUACCAGCUCUUCUCCUUGAGCAAGAGUCCGACGUUGCUGAUCAUGCCGAUCCUCAGUUUGCAGAAGUACUUCAACAGCUUUUUCUACCAGAAGAUGUACGAAGACCUCGAGAGCAACACCACAUCCUGUGACUCCGUCGAGGAGCACUCGGACAAGGAGAUGCGCAACUUCGAGGAGACUGUCUUGUACCAUCUUAGCGGCGUCACGGAGUUCUCCAUGACCGAGAGGGAGAUAGUGGCGUCCUUCCGUGCCCUGUCAGCCACUCCGUACUACAUUCUCACGCCCUUCGUCACCACAGCGGUGCUCACGAUCUCCAAGACCAAUCGUCAGAUCGACAUGAAGCGCCUGUCUCAAUCGCUGGCGCUGCAAUUCCUCAGAUCAGUGAUCAAGAAUGCCCAGAAGGAGAAGCAAAUGGCCAGCGAGUCACUCUGGUGUCGCAAUACUUUCAACCGCAACUUUGUGAACGUCGAGAGACUCUUUGAGAUACUGUUUGAGCAGAGCAAGGUGGGAAUGGACGUAGUGACGCCCGGAUUCGUGGGAUUACUCUUCACACUGCUGAAGGCGAAGAACCAGCCGGACCUCAACAGCAUGGCCAUAAAUCUGCUGCAACAGUUCCUGAGGAAGCGACAGCAAUUCGGGAGGGGAAUUGUGAAGGAUUUGCUGGAGUUCUUGCUGGCGAAUUACGAAGCUCCGCAGCUGGCUGAGUGCAUGAACAACUUGAGUCUGACCAGCACUUUGGCAGUGUCUGAGUGCAUAGACGGCCUGAAGAAUCUCAUGGACUUCCUGCUGAUGAUCCCUGGACAUCAUGCCAUGAGGAUUGUCACGUUUAUUUACCCGCUUAUCAGGAUCUCCUACGUCACGAGGGACUACUUGAUAGAUACGCUGAGGAAGGCGAUGUUCUCCAAUGACGAAUCGACAAGAACUUUUGGGAUUUAUGGCUUCGGAACGCUACUGAAGCACAUGAAGAACAGCAACUGUCGCCGCGCUGGCGCUUCCAAUGUUGGAGUGAUGAGCCAAGUGAGCAUCUCCGGUUUCUCAAUGAUGUCUCAAUCCACGCUGGGCAGCCGAGGAAAUCCCAACAGAGACUUCGAUAUGCUGACCAUGGAGAUUCUGGGCAUUCUGCGAAAGGUCUUCGAUGAGAGCGUGCAGAUGAAGGAGAUCAGCUACGACACUCUGCUGCGUGCCGUAGACCAGAAUACACAAUUAGCGCCUCACAUUCUCUUCUUCAUCGACUACCACUUCCGCAAUUACUUCGAAGUGGAUCAGCUCAGCUUCGUCAUCAAAUUCAAGGAGUUCGUCCACGAACACGAGACACAAGUCGAGGUGUGGGACAAUCUGGGGGCGCUGAUCUACUUCGUGGGCUUCUGCGUGUUCACGUGCGACAAGUACGAGAUGCAGUAUGACACCCAGAUUCUCAAGAAGCUGCUGGAGGACGUGAUUAAUCGCAUUGUGGACGUGAGCCUUGAGAGCAUUGGCAUCUCUGGCUCAGUCUCGUCCUUCAGUCUCGCCGUUGGGCAACAGUUUCUGCACUGCCUCGAGGGCGUGAUGGCGUACUGCGCCCUCGCGUCGACUCCCUCAAAUCACUACCUGGACAAGAUUGGGAAGGUGUUUGAGCACUACGAGAAGUGCAGGAAGAGCCUGAAGGAGAAGUGGGAAUCCGUAAAGAAACCUGGAAAAAAGGGCAAAUCAUUGAGUGUGACGAAGAUCUCAUUCAUCAGCCAAUUAAGUCAAGUACCCAAGUUUCAUCCCGACAAGACGACUUGCAUCUGGGAUUUUGCCACACUUGAGCGAUUCCUGAUUAUCAUCUACGAGAAAGCCGAUAUCUUUGGAUCAACUCAACAAAUCACUUCCUUCCGAGAGAAUCGCGACUUUCACUGUCAUGUGCUGAAGAUCACCAGGGAUUUCCUGAGGGAUUUCCCAUCUCAGCCCGAAUACAAGCACGUUGCGCACAGUCGACGUCUUCUGAUGCUCCUGUGCUCCUGCUCGAAGAUCCUCUUCAAGAACUGCGUCAAAAACCUGAUUCCCAUCAUGGAGAGAUUCGAUGUGGAGGCAGCAGCUCUGGGCGUUGAAUCCUUCAAGCAAUGCCUCAUCACGGCCGAUGUGUUGUACAAGAAGAAGCUCUGUGACAUUCUGCGCUUCAUCACGAACGAGAAUCAGUCAAUUCCAGAAAAUGUGAUCCUCCUGGUGAGAGAGAUUGAAGAGCUUCUGGAGAAGUGCAUGACGGAGACGUCGCUGUUCGAUAUUGAUGGCAACUCUCGGCAGAUUCCUGGGUUUCUGCUCUCAUGCCUGGAGAUGUUGUACUCCCAUAUUCCGCCUGAGAAGCCUGAAUCCUCGACUGCCUUCAAUUGGCUGAAGGAGUUUUGCCAGAAGCACUCAAUCCUCGGAAAAAAUCUCGACAACGUGCACAAGAUGCUCUUCCAGCAGUACAUGAAGACAGACGAGGGAUUGUUCCUCAGCUCUGUGGCGUCACAGCUGAGCGAGAUGAUGGGAAUUAUUCAAGACGAUGGCGUCGAGCGUCCCACGCCGUCGAAUCUCAAGUCUAUUGAAGAAGGCACAGCGGAGUCCUGCCUCAUGCAUCUUCUGCAGGCGUUGAGAAAGGAAUUGACGGAUGUGGAAUAUCUAAUCACGAAGAUGAAGAGCAUUCUGGCCAGGGUGAAGAUCAUGGGCGCUACCAAGUCGGAGGAACACACGGAGCCGCUGAUUGCCAUGGAGAAGGCAGUGUGUAUGCAUCUGAUCAAGGUGGCAAAUUGUCUACUGACUAUCUCGAAUAUGCAGAUUAAACUCGGCGCUCCUGUGGAGACCACGUUGCGCCUCAUUAUCAGCUACUACUCAGCAGUGACGGGCGUCACUAAGCACCUGAUAGCCAGGCAUCCUCUUGUGUCCGUGUUGUAUUCGUCCAUGCGCUUCGAUAAGCUCGUGCAGAAGAGCGGCGGUUCCCUGGCAAAGUCUUGCUAUCAGCUCAUCAAGUUCAUCUACGAGCUUUUGACCCCGGAGUCAGACACUGAAAUGCCCGCCAAAGAAGCGAAAAAUAAGGGCUCUGUGGCUAUUGUAGUGCGCAACACGCGCUACUUAUCCUCUGUGGUGCGAGAGAUGGAGAAUUUCAGCAAGUUCGUGAGGAUUCUGUGUCGCAAAACGAAAGACAAGACGCUGGAAAAGUAUCUUCAGGACGAUUGCGUCCGGGAUUUCCGCAUCAAGACGGAUAGACUCAAGGAUGCUAUCGAGGAUGAGAUGGAAGAGAUCUCUUCACAGGAAAGUGACGCAAUUGACUCAUCUGAUGGGGAAGAGCAGGAGGUGAACUUUGCCACUGGAAGCAGUGGCGCCAGCACUGUGCAUGACAACGCUGUGGAGUCCGACCACGAGGAAGCCAUCAGGCGAAAUGUGCAGAAAGUGCGCGAUAAGAUGCAAAAGAAAUCGUCAGAGUCGGAACUGGAGGAAUCUCCGCCGAAGCGCGCCAGGAGAGGCAAGACUCCGCUCAAGCUGAACAAGAGAGCCGCUGAGAUUGUCGUGCCAUCGCGCAAGAAAGCUCAGAAGAAGGAUUCCUCGCCAUCGCCGCCCGCGAAAAGAACCAGGAAGUCCAAGUAAUUUUUCCAUGUCUUUUUGUUAUUACUUUUUAUACAUUACAAAUGAAUUGAAUUCAAAUAAAAACCUUUUCAAGCUUCUCACCAUUUAAACAUCCGCAUUUACGAUUUCUUGAGAAAGUUUUUGCACUAAUAAUCCUUUGCAUUCUGUGAAUCUCCAGGAUAUUCUGGUGAAGAUAAUAUUUAUCUUUCUAUUACUCAUAAUAACUCAUCAACUGCAUAUGUUCCAAUCAUUAAUUAAAAAUCCUGAAUUGUAAGAUUUUUCAAAUAAGACAUAAGGAAGACUCCGAAACUAGCAAAUAUUCUCUAUGUUUGAGGAUUUCUUGAAGACAGAGUGCCCACAAAAAUCUUGUCAAAUGCAGUAAAAGUGAAAGACAAUAGAAGCAAAGUUACAAAUAUAGUUGGCUAGUUGUUAUCCCUCGGAAGGAUCGAGGUCAUGGAUUUAUGGUCACUUAACCAGCGCUGUAAUCCCUCCGAUUGUAGAUGGGAAACAUGAUGGCGCGAAUGAGAGGCCGCGUUGCCACAUAAAUAAUUCAGGUGCAUCGGAAAAUACAAACAGAUUGUUGGCUACAAUUGAAAAUUACCCGGAGGUUUACUUAAUAACCCUCGAGGCAC